AUGGAGUCCAGACUCUCCUGCUGGACCGCUUGCUUUCUCCUGGUCGUGUGGUGCCUGCCAGUGCUGCCCUGCCCUAGCCGGUGCCUUUGCUUGAAGAGCACCGUUCGCUGUGUGCACUUGAUGCUGGAUCACGUUCCUCAGGUGCCGCAUCAGACCACAGUUCUAGACUUGAGGUUUAACAGAAUACAAGAAAUUCCUGGGAGUGCCUUCAAAAAACUCAAGAAUUUGAACACUCUUCUCCUGAACAACAACCAAAUCAGACAGAUUUCCAGAAAUGCUUUUGAAGGACUUGAAAAUUUGCUUUAUCUGUAUCUGUACAAGAACGAAAUUCAUGCCCUAGAUAAGCAAACAUUUAAAGGACUCAUAUCUUUGGAACAGCUGUAUAUUCAUUUCAACCAAAUAGAAACGCUACAGCCAGAGACCUUUGGAGACCUUCUGAAAUUAGAGCGACUGUUUCUGCAUAACAACAAAUUAUCUAAAAUCCCAGCUGGGAGCUUUGCUCAUCUGGAUUCAUUAAAGAGACUGCGUCUGGAUUCCAAUGCUCUAGUUUGUGACUGUGAUUUAAUGUGGCUGGGGGAACUUAUGCAAGGCUAUGCCCGAAAUGGCCAGACUCAGGCUGCUGCUACAUGUGAAUAUCCCAGAAGGCUCCAGGGACGCUCCAUCGCUUCGUUAACAGUAGAGGAGUUCAACUGUGAGAGUCCUCGAAUUACUUUUGAGCCCCAAGACGUGGAGGUAACAUCAGGGAAUACUGUCUACUUUACUUGCCGGGCUGAAGGAAACCCUAAACCGACGAUUAUUUGGAUACAUAACAACCACUCGUUGGAUUUGGAAGAUGAUUCUCGAUUUAACUUGUUUGAUGAUGGGACACUCAUGAUCCGAAACACUCGUGAGUCAGACCAAGGUGAAUAUCAGUGUAUGGCCAGAAACUCAGCUGGGGAGGUCAAGACACAGAAUGCCAUGCUCAGAUACUCCAGUCCUCCAGCCAAGCCUAGUUUUAUAAUUCAGCCCCAGGACACAGAGGUUUUAAUCGGCACCAGCACAACUUUGGAAUGUAUGGCCACAGGCCACCCACACCCCCAUGUCACUUGGACUAGAGGCAGCGGAAAGGCCCUGGAUCGAUCCAGGCACCUGACUACUUCUGGAGGACUAUACUUACAGAAUGUCACCCUGCAGGAUCACGGUCAAUUUACAUGUCACGCUGACAAUAAUCAAGGCUCUGUUCAAGCUACAGCAAACAUAAUUGUGCAAGCUCCUCCACAAUUCACAGUAAUCCCCAAGGAUCAAGUGGUGCUAGAAGGACACACUGUCGAAUUUCUCUGUGAAGCUGAAGGCAACCCACCUCCAAUAAUUGCCUGGACCAAAGCAGGAGGGCAACUCUCUCAGGAAAGUCUACAUACAGUUCUCUCCUCUGGAACUUUGAGAAUUGAGCAUGCAGCACAUCAUGACCAAGGCCAAUAUGAAUGUCAGGCAGUGAGUCCGUUGGGAGUGAAAAAAGCAUCUCUCCAGCUAACUGUAAAACCCAAAGCUCUCCCAGUGUUUACUCAACUACCUCAGGAUAUAAGUGUAGAGGUUGGCAAGAAUAUAAACAUUUCAUGUCAUGCUCAAGGAGAACCACAGCCCAUAAUUACCUGGAACAAGGCAGGUGUUCAGAUUACUGAGAGUGGUAAAUUCCAUGUCAGUGGUGAAGGCAUGCUAACCAUCUAUGACGCAGGGCAAGCUGACCAAGGAAGAUAUGAAUGUGUAGCUCGGAAUUCAUUUGGCUUUGUUGUGACCAGUAUGUUUCUCACAGUUGUAGCAAUACAGGGUAGACAAGCUGGCGAUGACUUUGUUGAAUCAUCCAUUCUUGAUGCUGUACAGAGGGUUGACAGUGCAAUUAACUCCACACGAAGACAUUUGUUUUCACAAAAACCUCGCACCCCUGGUGAUCUGCUGGCUCAGUUUCGUUAUCCGCAUGACCCAUUUACUGUGGAGACAGCAAGAGCUGGGGAGAUUUUUGAGCACACACUUCUGCUGAUCCAGGAACAUGUGAAGCAAGGGCUCACUGUUGAUUUGGAGGGCAGAGAAUUCCGCUACAAUGACUUGGUGUCGCCGCACUACCUCAGCCUCAUCGCCAAUUUAUCUGGAUGUACAGCCCAUAGGCAGGUGCCCAACUGCUCUGACAUGUGUUUCCAUCAGAAGUACCGAGCCCAGGAUGGGACGUGCAACAACCUGCAGCACCCCAUGUGGGGUGCCUCCCUGACUGCCUUUGAGCGCAUCCUGAAGCCUGCCUACGAGAACGGCUUCAACCUGCCACGGGGGGUCGGCCGUCACACCCUGUCAGGCCGGUAUCCCCUCCCACCGCCCAGGCUGGUCUCCACAGAGCUGGUGGCUACGGCCACUGUCACCCCUGACCAUCGAUACACACACAUGCUCAUGCAGUGGGGUCAAUUUUUAGACCAUGAUCUGGACCACACAGUGCCUGCGUUGAGCACAUCUCGCUUCUCUGAUGGGCGGCUGUGUAGCUCGGUGUGUACGAAUGAUCCGCCUUGCUUCCCCAUCAUCAUUCCUGACACUGAUCCCCGAGGGACUCGAGCGCCGUGCAUGUUCUUUGCACGCUCCAGUCCCGUGUGUGGCAGCGGCAUGACCUCCUUAGUGAUGAAUUCAGUCUACGCGAGAGAACAGAUUAACCAGCUCACAGCAUAUAUAGAUGCCUCUAAUAUCUAUGGGAGCUCAGAGCGGGAAUCUCAAAUUUUGCGAGACUACUCAGAGCCCCGGGGACUCCUGAGGACAGGCUUGCCGUGGGUCCCAUCCGGAAAGCCCUUACUGCCCUUUUCUUCGGGCCCACCCACCGAGUGCACAAGGCCAGAGCAGGACAGCCGCAGCCCCUGUUUCCUGGCUGGGGACCACAGGGCGAACGAGCAGCUGGCCCUCACAGCCAUGCACACCUUGUGGUUUCGGGAACACAACAGGGUCGCCACGGAGCUGUCUUCCCUGAAUCCCCACUGGGACAGAGACACCCUUUAUCAUGAAGCCAGGAAGAUUGUAGGUGCUCAGCUGCAGCACAUUACCUACAGCCACUGGCUGCCCAAGAUUCUGGGGGCACCUGGCAUGAAAAUGCUGCAGGAUUACCAGGGCUACAACCCCAAUGUGAAUGCAGGGAUCAUUAACUCUUUUGCUACUGCAGCCUUCAGAUUUGGUCACACGUUAAUCAAUCCUAUUCUUUAUCGACUGAAUGACACCUUUGGAGAAAUCCCUGAAGGCCACCUUCCACUCCAUAAAGCUUUCUUUUCACCCUCCAGAAUAAUCGAGGAAGGUGGGAUAGAUCCACUCCUUCGGGGGCUAUUUGGUGUGCCCGCUAAAUUGCGGGUGCCUUCCCAGCUGCUCAGUGUAGAGCUAACCGAGAAGCUGUUCUCCACGGCCCACUCUGUAGCGCUGGAUUUGGCUGCCACCAACAUUCAAAGGGGGCGAGACCACGGGAUCCCUCCCUAUGCUGACUUCAGAGUUUUCUGCAAUUUGACAUCUGUUGAAAAUUUUGAGGAUCUUCAAAACGAGAUUAAAGAUUCAGAGAUUCGACAAAAACUGAAAAAGUUGUAUGGCACACCAGGCAACAUUGACUUCUGGCCUGCCCUCAUGGUUGAAGACCUGAUCCCUGGCACAAGAGUGGGACCAACACUUAUGUGCCUGUUUGUUACCCAAUUUCAGCGGUUAAGAGAUGGAGAUAGGUUCUGGUAUGAGAACCCUGGGGUGUUCACUCCCGCACAGCUCACUCAGCUGAAGCAGGCAUCACUGGGCCGUGUGCUCUGUGACAAUGGUGACAACAUCCAGCAAGUCCAGGCCGAUGUCUUCGUGAAGGCACAGUACCCGCAGGAUUACCUGAGCUGCAGUGAGAUACCGCAGGUCGAUCUGCGAGUGUGGCAAGACUGCUGUGAAGACUGUAGGAGUAGAGGACAGUUCAGAGCAUUCACACAAGAAUCUCGAAAGAAACGGUCUGCUCAAUACAGCUAUCCUGAUGAGAAAGAUAAGGACUUAAGUGAUCUACUCAUUAGGCAACAAGAUCACUUGUACAUUGAUGAAGAUGGUAGACACGUGACAUUUCUGCCAAAAGCAAAGUUUGCCCAAGAUUUCAGCAAUUUUGCAGUGGAAACUCAAAACACCAUCAAAGCUCUCAGAGAACAGAUAAACAAGCUGGAGGCACGCCUCAGGCAGGCGGGAUGCACAGAUGAUAAAGGGAUUCCAAGAAAAGACAAUGAGCACUGGAUGAAAGAAGACUGCAUUAGCUGUAUGUGUAAGAGUGGCCAGGUCACCUGUGUGGUGGAGACGUGUCCUCCAGCUCCAUGUCCGAGUCUUGAAUUGGUGAAAGGAACCUGCUGUCCAGUUUGCAGUGGCCCAGGAAUGCCAGCUGAUUCCCCAGAGAAACACUAA